GAUAAAUAUCUCACACAUCUAAGAUCUAAAGCUAUACUAUUUGUAAAAUAAUCUAUCGUAUUACAUAUGGCUAAAGAAUUGUCCUUUAUCAGCGAACUAAAGGCGACGGGUCAUGGGGAAGUAUGGGACCACAUGUCGGAUCGGAAUAAAUUUAGGCAGUUUGGAUGGAGGUGUACGACGAAUGAGACUUCGUAUUCCAAUGACACUUUAGUCGGGAAUUGGAAUGAACAGAGGUUUGAUAUCCAUAGGAUGUUUCAACCACAACCGAUCCCGUCUUCAUAUGCACAUUAUUUUGAGACGUCGUACGUGGCUGCUCACGGUUCAAAAAAGUCGAGCAAAAUUCCUGCAUCAAUGAGAAGUGUUCAAGGUCGUGAGCCAACAGCUUAUCCUGGACAUCAACCUGAACUUGAUUCACCAAUUCUUAAAUCUCAAUACAACUCCUUUCUAACAACGUCAAGAGAAGCGUUCAGGGCUCCGAACGAACUGAAAAACAGACAACCAUGGCGCUAAUUGGAAGAAAUUUACGUCCCCUAAAUCCUAAUGAUUUAUUUAUAUUUAUAAUGUUUUAAAUUUUACAAAAUUUGUAUUUUGCGAUAGUUGGCUGUGGACAAAUAUAUAGGCAAAGUAGGUAUCUUUGACAUAUUUAAAUACAUUAUAUUAGUUUGGAAAAUUUUGUGUCUGGUCAAUUUCUUGUGAACCUGCAUGAGUGCUUAAAAUUUUUGCACAACUCAACCUCUUUCGUAUUAUACGUAAACGUAUUAAAGUACAGAUAAUAAACAAUUAUUGGAUGAGGUUUUUGUGAUAUGCAGAGUUAUGCAUGGCAAAACCACGUUCAGCACCGUAGAGAUUUCCGUAAUAUAUUUAUUAAAACAUUCAGUUUAAAUGUUAAAACAUUCUAAAGGCCUAUUUAGACAACACGAUGAGUUGUAUGCAAUUAUCAUUCUGAUCGACGAAUGCAAAAGGUGCCUAUUCCACAAUAUUAAUCUCCAUUCAAUUUUGUUCAGGGUGGAAUUUAAAAUGUCACGUUUGUACUGUGUUCAUAUACGUGUAAGAAUCGUAUACGACAAAUCGCGUAGUGUAACUGGGCCUCAACAUGAUUGUGCUUGAUUAAAAUACAUCCAUUAUUUUAAUGAUUGAAGAAUAAAUAACUGAACACAUAACAUGCAAAUAAAACUCGUGAUACCUAAAAAAAGUGUCUCUACGGCUGAAAACAACAUCUACGACUCAAUUGAACACAAAAAUGUCACUCACUUCUUGAUUGUCGUGUCCCAAAUCAAAUUCCUACUACGUAAUCAAAUCAAGUUGAAUGAAAGUAUACUCUAGAAAUAGAAUCAAUAGAAAUACAUAAUAAAUAGAGUU